UUAUUUAUACAUUCAGGUACAAUGGACAAGAAGGCUAUGUCCCUGCAACAUUUCUGCUGAAAACCGAGUCAGUGAAAGUUGUCAAGAAAAAUAAACACAAUAAAGAGAAAAAUGACAAAGUGAAAAAUGACCGAGUAAGAAUUGAUGUAGUGAAAAAUGAAGAGCCAAUGAAUAACAGGAUGACUAGUGGACCGGAGAUUGUUAAAUCUUUAAUGGAUAUCAGUGAUUUGCUCAAGGACGAUUCGGAGACACCUUCCACUCUAGUUACACAGCCUUCGAUUUCACAGGUUGAGAGUGACGAUGAUAUAUUUGAUGAUGACGACGACGACGAUUACAUCGUGCCACAAGAAGAAGAAAACAUCUACAGCGUUCAGGAACUGAGUAAGAUUCUCCGAGAAGACAAGAAAGGAUGCGCGGAAACUAACAAAGUAUACGAAAGUAUACAGAACAUGAAAUCUCGAUCAUUAAAGAGAUACGGAUCUACCCGGCCUCCUCCGAGACCGUCAAUAAAGCCAAGUCCGCUAGGUUUUAAUACACCAACCACCAAGAAACCUCCACUUGUACAUUCUGAGUCGUUCUGUACAGAUUACGUAACCAUAGCAGCAUUUUCUGAUGUUGUCGGGGACGGUAUCAGCUUCCAGGAAGGACAAAUUGUCAAGGUACUAGAGAAGAAUGAGAACGGUUGGUGGUAUAUAGAGAUAGAUGAGAAGGAAGGCUGGGCACCAGCUGCUUAUAUAGAACGAGCGGAACCAGUUGCUAACAGUGUACUUCCUGUUGUCAACAAGCCCAGGAUGUCUUCACCUUUAGCUGGCAAUCAGAAAAGUUCCUCACCAUCAAGAAGUAGAGAAGAUUUGACAAAUGGAGAUUCAGACGAAAAUAGCAGACGGACAUCCACUGUCGGUGAUUUAGCGAGUGCAAUCAAAAAUAAACUUUCUAAAGGAAAUAAGCAACCACCCACUCCACCAAAGAAAGACUUCCUUACUGAUAAUGAUACUAAGGAAGAAAAGAACAAAAGUGGACAUUUUGAGUCAGGAAAACUACAAAUUCCUGGCGGCUUUCAGUUACCAGGACAACACAUGGGAUUAAAGAAGGUUGCAGAUAGAAGUAGCCAGCCUCCGCCCCCUGCACCACCUGCUAAUAGGAGCAUGCAACCCCCACCCCCUGCUCCUCCUAUUAACCUGAAACCAAACCUCCCAGUGCCACCCGCCAAAGUAAAAGGAGACCUGAAACCCCCAUCAUCACCUGUUAAAACAUCAGAUGACCAUAAACCCUCUCCAUUUGGUGCUGCACUAAAACCAACUCCUCCAAAAAAGAAUGACACAAAAUUAGACAAUAAACCAAAACCGCCUUCAUUGCCCAUGAAACCUCACAAUGAAAAACCCAAGCCUGUAGUACCAAUUAAACAGAAUGACAAUAAGCCUAAAGUUCCUGUGAAAACUUCAGAGCCAUCAAAUGAAAGCGAAAACAGUGUUGCAGGAAUGGAAGUGCUUUAAAAGCAAGUUUGACAGUGUUAGCGUUGCCCCUAAACCUGCUACUAGUAACU